AUGGAAAAGCGAACGUCAAACGAACCUGCGGCUUCCACGAAAGAGGAUCUGUACGAUGUCAAGGGCGAGGGACUCCCCGCGGCCGCUCAAGAUGUGGUAUUGGGAGAAAUGCUCGAGGUCGACGCGACCCCAGAACAGGAGCGGAAAGUGCGAUUGAAGUUGGAUUUAGUACUGCUGCCGAUGAUGGCUGCCUGUUACAUGAUGCAGUACAUGGACAAAUACGUGUUGAGUCAGGCCACGCUAUUCAACCUGCGACAGGACCUUAACCUUGUCGGCGACCAAUUCAACUGGACAUCGGCGAUUUUCUAUUUUGGAUAUUUGGUCUGGAGUUGGCCUAGUUCAUAUCUUAUGGUCCGGUUGCCCAUUGGAAAGUACCUCAGUGUUUGUGUGUUUCUUUGGGGAGGGUUUCUCUUGUGCCAUGCGGCAGCGAAGAACUUUGCAGGCCUAAUGACAGCCAGAUUCUUCUUGGGAGUUGGAGAAGCAGCGAUCGCCCCAGGUUUCUCUCUCGUCGUUGGUAUGUUCUACACGCGAGAAGAACAACCAGCACGGCAAGCCGCCUGGUAUCUCGGAAACUGUGUUGCCAACCUCAUUAGCGGUGUGGUUGUCUACGGCAUUGGAAACAUCACAAUCCACACUGUCGCUCAAUGGCAAUUGAUCUUCCUCAUCUUGGGAGCAAUCACCGCAAGCCUGGCGUUCUGGCUGGUCGCAUUACUGCCCGAUAGCCCCAAGAAUGCCAUCUUUCUCAACAAGAAGGAACGCGCCAUUGCGCUGCAGCGGACACUGAGGAACAAGACGGGUGUCAUGGAUGUUGACUCGUUUAAGUGGAAUCAAGUGUGGUUGGCCUUCAAAGAUCCACAGACGUGGUUCUUGGUUUUGUAUAACUUUUGCGUCAACCUUUGCAAUGGCGGUAUUACCUCGUUCUCAUCAAUCCUCAUCAACGGCUUUGGGUACGGCCGGCUCAGGUCCCUCCUGAUGCAAAUGCCCAUGGGAGCUGCCCAGAUCGUUUUCCUAGUGAUCACCUCUGGCGUCGCCACUUACGUCAAGUCGACUCGAAUUGCCAUGAUGAUGUUUACUACUUCAUUAUCCAUGAUGGGGAUGAUCCUGAUCUGGAAAUUGGACGCGGACAACAAGGCUGGUCGGCUCACGGGUUUGACCUUUGGCGGCGUGUUCGCUGUCAACAUCCCGCUGUCGCUGAGUUUGGUCAGUUCCAAUGUUGCCGGAUUUACGAAGCGUAGUGUCAUCAGUGCUAUGAUCUUCGUCGCAUACUGCGUUGGGAAUAUCGUUGGGCCUCAGUUCUAUCUUGAAUCGGAGGAGCCAGAUUACCCGACCGGAAUCAAAGCAGCCAUGUGCGGUUUGAUACUGGGCAUUUUCUUCUUAUUCUGCUUGAUGGUGUAUUACAUCUGGGAAAACCGCCGCCGGGACGCGCUAUACGGACCCCCUUCAUUAAUGACGGAGAACGAGGAACUGGAGCAGGACCUGUCCAACAAGACAGAUCAGGAGAUGGAAAGUUUCCGCUAUGUCAUAUAA